AAAUCCUACUCCAACGAGAAUCGGGAACUUUCAAUGUCCGCCGCCAGAUCCGUCUUCCGUUCCGGUGUUGGCCGAGCCGCCGUUGCCGCGUUAAGGUCGACAAAGCCUAUGCCGUCUUCUGCGCGGUCUUCGUUUAAGUUGCCUAAACAGAGUCCUCUCUCUCACCGCAUUUUCAGAUCUCCGGUGGAAUUGAGCUGCUGCGUCGAGACGAUGCUACCGUACCACACGGCCACUGCUUCUGCUUUGCUCAAUUCGAUGCUUUCAGUUUCAGGGCGCUCCAUUUGGACUUUCCAAGGUACUUAAAUGACUUAGUGGAACUCGGUGUUUUGUUACCUUUUGACUUUUUUUGGUGAAACUUCUUGUUGAAGAUGUGAAUUAUGAUGAAGAUAGAGACUUUGAUACAUAAGGCAGAACUGUAUCCUUUAAUUGUUGCAUUGUUAUAUCUUCUUCCUGUUUAUUCAUCAUAUGCUUGUAGAUUAAGUGUAGAGUUGGUAUGUCACUUUUAAAGGUUGUUGUGUUGGUCUUAAAGGUUAUGUGCAAUAGUAAAUGGAGGUUCGAUAGAUGGAUGAAUUUCUGGAAUUGAAUUCUGUCAUUGCUUGGUUUACUAGUUCUGUUAGGCUCUCUCUUGUUUAGGUGGACCCUUGUUUUCAGUUUUCAGUUAUCGACCACAUUUUGAUGUUUAAAUUUGUCGCAGUUUUCACGAGUAGAGUUCUACUUCUUAUACACUUACGAAUUGGUGUUUUGGUAUGAGACUUGAAGUUUAUGUUGGCAUUUAAUUUCCAUCUGCUUUCUUCGCCUUACUUGAGUAGUUGGGUCAGGAAAUUAAGAGACUAAAAUACAGCCUUCCCUGUGGCAUAAUUUGACAAAUUUUGAACUAUAUUUCAAAUGUCUUGCAUGCAAUGAGAAUCUCAACUUUUUUCUUUGUCAAGAUGAUGAAAAGGAUAAUGAUCAGAAGUGAUUGAUGUAAGCCAUUUUUAUCAUGUGUUCUUCUUGGAGUUAAGUCUUCAAUAUAAAAAGGGGAACCUUGAUGUGUGAUGUGUGCAUUAUGCCCUCUAAUGUUUUAGGUUAUGAUAGUGUUUCACAUGAAUUGCCAAUAGAAACUUUCAUGAAUCCUGCAACACAUGAGGUUAUGUUUUCUCGAUACUGAUAUGAUGAUGUUCUAUUUGCUCAGAUUGCAUCGAUGAUGCAUGAAGAAUCUCAAAUGAAGGGCAAGAAUGGAUGCAGUUCGCAGCAAGGUGAUGAAGUGACAGUAGCUGUGUCAUGUUUCGUCUUGGGUCAUAAGAUCCGGUUUUGACCUUCAAGAUUGUCAAGUAACGAAGGAAUCUUAUGGAAUUCUAUUCGACUCUAACCCUAGAGAUUUGUAAGGACCAACCGGUUCAGUAACAGUUAUUAUUUAUUAGCAAAUUCUGACUACUACCCAAGUCUAGCUUCUUUAUUUUUGAGGGUGUUUCACAAUCAAAACUGUGUAUCGGAUUUGACUAAUUUGCAAAGACAUUUUGGACAC